UUCAUCGCGGGCUCUGGAGCCGCCAUCUUAGAUGGCGGGAGUAAGAGGAGAGCGAACGUGAGGCGGGAACGCUUUCUGUGCUGCUCUCCUGGGGUCCCGAGAAGGGACAGCUGGCCGGGCUUUAGGGCGUGUGCCCUGAGGCGCGGAGCCCGAGUGCGAGGAUGCGAGGGCUUCCCGGGGCCCCGUCCCCUGGCUUGGGGACGCGCCGAAUGUGACUGCCUCCCGUUCCUUCACCCGCCGCAGGGAGGAGGAGCGGACGAGAAGCCGCAGCCGGACGACGGGACGGACGCGGGGGCGGCUCGGCUCCCUCAGGUUCAAGCAUUGCUUAAGCUGCAUCAAUGGAGCACAUACAGGGGGCUUGGAAGACGAUCAGCAAUGGUUUUGGAUUCAAAGAUGCUGUGUUUGAUGGCUCCGGUUGCACCUCCCCUACAAUAGCUCAGCAGUUUGGCUAUCAGCGCCGAGCGUCAGACGAUGGCAAACUCACAGAGUCUUCUAAGACGAGCAACACUAUUCGUGUUUUCUUGCCGAAUAAGCAAAGAACAGUGGUCAAUGUGCGGAAUGGAAUGAGCCUGCAUGACUGUCUUAUGAAGGCGCUCAAGGUGAGGGGUCUGCAGCCAGAGUGCUGUGCUGUGUUCAGGCUUCUCCAGGAGCAUAAAGGUAAAAAAGCGCGUUUAGAUUGGAAUACUGAUGCUGCAUCCUUAAUAGGAGAGGAACUUCAAGUAGAUUUCCUGGAUCAUGUUCCCCUCACAACACACAAUUUUGCUCGAAAGACGUUCCUGAAACUUGCCUUCUGUGACAUCUGUCAGAAGUUUCUGCUAAAUGGAUUUCGGUGUCAGACUUGUGGCUACAAAUUUCAUGAGCACUGUAGCACCAAAGUACCUACUAUGUGUGUGGACUGGAGUAAUAUCAGACAACUCUUAUUAUUUCCAAAUUCUACCUUUGGUGAAACUGGGGCCCCAGCACUGCCUUCUUUGACAAUGCGUCGGAUGCGAGAAUCUGUUUCCCGGAUGCCUGUUAGUUCCCAGCACAGGUACUCCACUCCUCACGCCUUCACCUUCAGCUCCUCCAGCCCGUCCUCGGAAGGUUCCCUCUCCCAGAGGCAGAGGUCGACGUCCACACCCAACGUCCACAUGGUCAGCACCACCCUGCCUGUGGACAGCAGGAUGAUUGAGGAUGCAAUUAGAAGUCACAGCGAAUCAGCCUCACCUUCAGCCCUAUCCAGCAGCCCCAACAAUUUGAGCCCAACGGGCUGGUCACAACCGAAAACUCCUGUGCCAGCGCAGAGAGAACGGGCCCCAGGAUCUGGAACCCAGGAGAAAAACAAAAUUAGGCCGCGCGGACAGAGAGAUUCCAGCUACUACUGGGAAAUAGAAGCCAGUGAAGUGAUGCUUUCCACUCGGAUUGGGUCUGGCUCCUUUGGAACUGUAUAUAAGGGCAAAUGGCAUGGAGACGUUGCGGUGAAGAUCCUUAAGGUUGUCGACCCGACGCCAGAGCAGCUCCAGGCCUUCCGAAACGAGGUGGCUGUCCUGCGCAAAACACGGCAUGUGAACAUCCUGCUCUUCAUGGGGUACAUGACAAAGGACAACCUGGCGAUUGUGACCCAGUGGUGUGAGGGCAGCAGCCUCUACAAACAUCUGCAUGUCCAGGAGACCAAGUUCCAGAUGUUCCAGCUAAUUGACAUCGCCCGCCAGACAGCUCAGGGCAUGGACUACUUGCACGCGAAGAACAUCAUCCAUAGAGACAUGAAAUCCAACAAUAUAUUUCUUCAUGAAGGCUUGACGGUGAAAAUCGGUGAUUUUGGUUUGGCGACAGUGAAGUCACGGUGGAGUGGUUCCCAACAGGUUGAACAACCGACCGGCUCCGUUCUGUGGAUGGCUCCCGAGGUGAUCCGGAUGCAGGACAACAACCCGUUCAGCUUCCAGUCGGACGUGUACUCGUACGGCAUCGUGCUGUACGAGCUGAUGACGGGGGAGCUCCCCUACUCGCACAUCAACAACCGCGAUCAGAUCAUCUUCAUGGUGGGCCGAGGGUAUGCGUCCCCAGAUCUUAGCAAGCUGUACAAGAACUGCCCCAAAGCAAUGAAGAGGCUGGUGGCUGACUGUGUGAAGAAAGUUAAAGAAGAGAGGCCCCUGUUCCCCCAGAUCCUGUCCUCCAUUGAGCUGCUCCAACACUCUCUGCCGAAAAUCAACCGGAGCGCCUCGGAGCCCUCCCUGCACCGGGCGGCGCACACAGAGGACAUCAACGCCUGCACGCUUACCACGUCUCCGAGGCUGCCUGUCUUCUAGCUGCUGCACCUGUGCUCCGUGGCCAGGGGAGGCAGGAGCUGCAGGCGCCACUUUGCCUCCCUUUCUUUGGGGGCAGAAGGGUUAGCGUGUUUUCAGAGAAGCUGCUGCUAAAGACCUUCCAGACUACUCACUGGGCCUUAACUUGAUGUUGCCUUCUUGUCUGCCCUCUGGCCCCGGGAGAAGCCAGGCACCAUGCUGGCCUGCUCCCUCCUCCCGCUCUCCAGGAUGCGAGUCCGGCUGUGGAAGUAGAUGUGGAUGGCAACACAGGAGCUGGCCCAGCUGUUAGCUCAGUGCGCCUUCUUCAGAACCCUGGAAGGGCAAGCAAAGGUAGUUCCCAGGCCUUCCAUGGGGACACACGUGGAGCUGGAGCCCAGCUGCGGUGAGGAAUGCACAUCACGGCAGGGACUCUGGGUGAUGGUGGUGUGGCCCCAGUUUUGCACCUAAUGCACCCAACAACCCAGGACUGCACGACCUCGGCUGCCUGAAGGAGCCUGCUUGGUACUAAGGGAAGGUGACUGGGGACGCACACCCCACCGGUCACAGUCUCCGAGGGGUCCAGUGUGCUGGGAUUUUCCAAGCAAGGCACUGGGACUGGCACCUCACCCCACCCCACCCCACCCCUACACACCCCCCCGCCCACCCUUCUGGGAGCAGUCCUCUAUCAUGCUAAAUUUUGUCUUCCAGGAACUGCCCCUAUGGGGCGGGCCACAGGGCCGCCUUGUCUCUAGUCAUAUCAUUGUGUAUGCAAGGAAGCCAGCAAGAGGUUUUCUUGAUGAUUUGGGUUUUAAUUUUGUUUUUAUUGCGCCUGACAAAAUACAGUUAUCUCAUGGUUCUUCAAUUAUGUUAUUUUAAUAAAAUAAAUUAAAUUUA